AUGGAUGACGAUACUAUCGAAUAUUUCUUUGAUAAUAUUGAAAGCUUCUAUGCUGAAUUAGACGAUGUGUUGAACAGGCCGUAUACAACUGAAGAGGAUGCAAAAAGAGUAACGACACAAUACAUUCGAUUCCUAGUUCGAUACCAACAGGAAUUUCUCAAGACUUCAGUUGAAUUUGCCCAAGUGGCAUACAAAUUGAUUGAUUCCAAACUAUGUCUAGACUUCAGUACAGUAGUACUAGCUCAUAUCUUGAACCACCACGCACUUGUAUCGCAAGAUAAAGCAGAACUCCUUGUCUCCUAUUCUCUACUACUUUAUGCAGGUAAAGACGAGCCAAGGUGGAUGGAUUUCAUUCUGUUGGAAUCAAUUCACAAGAAGAGAAAUCGACUGUUCUGCAAAAUAAUGACCGAGGUUCGUCUUGGUUUCUACAAUUGCUACAAAAUUUUGAGUGCUUCGUUUGCGCUUUGCUUUGAAAUGUGUAAGCUGGCAAAAUUGGAGAAAGAAGAUCUCGUGCUACUGGACACACCGACGGUAAACCACUUUUUGGAUCUGGUGGAAGAGACACGUGGCGAUGCUGAUGAGUCUUUCAAUUAUGAUGUCAUUCGCUUGAUAUUAGUAUUGAAUGAACAGUAUAUGAUGUCUGGAAUGAGCGACAAUCUUGUGCUGGAUGUAUUGUCUCAACGUUUUGGAACAUCAGAUACCUUCAGUGCGAACCUCAUGUUCAUGUUGAACAGGUCUAAUGAUACUUGUGUUCAAAUGUUGAUUCUCAAAUUACUCUAUGGCAUUUUCACAAGGGCAUCUCUUUACGAAUAUUUUUAUACCAAUGAUUUGUAUGUGCUGGUCGACAUCACAUUACGAGAAUUAUGUGAUCUAGGUGAUACAAAGGAAUCACAGACUCUACGUGAUGCUUAUUUGCGAGUGUUGGAGCCACUACUAGAGAAUACGCAGCUUCGAUCUCGCCCUUACAAAAAGCAAGAAACGUACAAAACACUACAAAGCUUACUUAACCCUGGAAUGCAGCGAAAAGUGAAUUCUACCACCAAGAGAUUAGUGAAGCGAAUUUUAGAAAACUGGUGGGAGAAGUUGACUGGAUUACAAGUGAAUUGGUGCUACGACAAUGGCAGUUCACCUAAUCUAUCGCAUACGUCCACUCUAUCGUCAUGUUCGUCUGGCCCAACAACGCCUGCUGAUGAUCUUGGUGUGGAUGAAAUUUCGGCCGUCAUGACUCGAAAAGAAGUAAAUAAGAAGAUCCAGCAAGAUACAAAAAAUCCAAAUAUCGUUGUUGUGUAA